ACCCAAUCCAAUCCACGCAAAACAGCUACAACGUUUCAAAGCCGCCUCGUAAAAAGCCCUCCAUCCAUUGCUCGCAGAUGACGCCAAGGGGCCGUCCUCUCUCGGCUAGGGAGACAUCCGGCGACGAUUCGUCCACCCCCUGCUCUAAGAGACUGCUCUAAGAGACUGGGCACUCUCAUGACAACCCACAUUCCAGCUGUACAACUGCUUGCGAUGCCCAACCGAGUCAUUGAUGCCGACAACUCGCAACUCGUCGCAACGGAUGCUUCUUUUGACACGCCGCGUGCGCUCGCUUCGGCCACGGUACGGUGGUAUCGCAGCCUUUUUCAACCUCGACCCACGAUGCCGCGAAACCCGCUUGCCCGCCCUGUUGCCGAGAGAGGCCUGACAAAAGUGCUGCAGCAAUCGAUUAGCUCGCUCCCCAAACCCGUCCAAAAUUUCCGUCCGAUCUACGAAGGUGGUGUGCCAAAACGACGUCCAUGGUCCCAUCCACCCAAUCAUGAGCUCGGCGCAUUAUCGUCGCCUCGGAACUGCGGAGCUCUGGCAGCGUGACUUGUGCACUGCCUCCAUCUAGCACAACCCAAAAUCCCAAUCGACGUUGGCCAAGAAGAAUCCAGCUUGGCAACGACAAUCGACUGACAAUUUUCUCUCCCCUCAUCGCAACGAUCUAGAUGUGGAAGUGACCGAAACACAGCCUGUCUCCAUAGUCCGCCCACCGCAAUUCUAGAAUGCUUCUCAAGCACAGGCCUGGGCUAUGGAACACUACGGCUUACACCUCGCCUCCUUUGUGCGCAGCCUUGUCCCUGGGAAUAUGACGUGGGUUCUUACUAAAUUUCCACUUUUUUCCAGUUGUCAUACCAAUGCCUUCUGCACCCCACAAGGAUCACAACUGUAAUGUAGAUCGAGAAUAUUUUGCCACAAAUUCCCCAUUACAUUGUGGCAGUCAGCACGAG